GUAAUUCCCCAUCAUCCCAGUUUGAACUCGAGUAACAUUCGAUCUAGACAUUCAGAUUUUGUCUUUGCUUCUACUCUAGUAUUUCCCAGGUACACUGGUUUGUAGUUGGUAGGUAGUCUCACUCGAGAUUCAUUACUCACUAAUCAGUAGUCACUAGUUAAGGGAAGAAGAAUGCAUAGCGAUGGGAUCUUAGGAACGAAAGCGGGGGCAAGCAAGCAAAGGAAGUGGCUGAAGGGAAGAGAGAGAUGGCUUGUGGUGCUUGGCAUCAUCCUCCAUGCCGUUUACAUGCUCAGCAUCUUCGACAUUUAUUUCAAGUCUCCCAUUGUUCACGGCAUGGAUCCUGUUACCCCUCGCUUCGCCGCCCCGGCCAAACGCCUAGUCCUUCUCGUUGCUGAUGGUUUGCGUGCUGACAAAUUCUUUGAGCCGGAUGCAGAAGGGAAUUUCAGAGCUCCAUUCUUAAGAAAUAUAAUAAAAACACAAGGUCGUUGGGGGGUGUCUCAUGCUCGGCCCCCAACAGAGUCGCGGCCUGGGCAUGUUGCCAUAAUUGCUGGAUUCUAUGAAGAUCCCAGUGCAGUUACAAAAGGGUGGAAGGCGAAUCCUGUUGAGUUUGAUUCCGUGUUUAACAAAAGUCGGCAUACGUUUUCUUAUGGGAGUCCUGAUAUAGUUCCAAUUUUCUGUGGUGGUUUGCAGCAUAGCACCUGGGGUACCUAUCCACAUGAAUAUGAAGACUUUGCUACGGAUGCAUCAUUCCUGGACAUGUGGUCUCUUGAUCAAUUUCGAAGCCUUCUUAACAGGUCCCAUGAAGACUCAAAGCUAAAGGGACUUUUGCAGCAGGAUAAUCUUGUUAUAUUCCUUCACCUGCUUGGGUGUGACUCUAAUGGGCAUGCUCAUAGGCCCUUCUCCUCCAUCUAUCUCAACAAUGUUAAGGUUGUUGACCAUGUAGCUGAAAAUGUUUAUUCUCUUCUCCAAGAUUAUUUCAAGGAUAAUCGUACAACAUACAUUUUUACAGCAGAUCAUGGAAUGAGUGACAAAGGAAGCCAUGGAGAUGGGCAUCCUACAAACACGGAUACUCCCCUUGUUGUAUGGGGUGCUGGUGUUAAAUAUCCGAGACCAAUUUCUAGCAGCAACCAUUCUGAUUGUGGUUUUCGAUUUGUUGAUGACCAUGUCCAUGACGCGCCAACACCAACUGAAUGGGGCUUGCAAGGGAUUGAAAGGGUGGAUGUCAACCAAGCUGAUAUUGCACCACUGAUGUCUACACUACUUGGUCUUCCUUGUCCUGUUAACUCAGUUGGAAGUCUACCCAUAGAUUAUAUCGACAUGACCAAGGCUGAUGAAGUUGAAGCUGUUCUAGCCAAUACAAAGGAAAUUCUGAACCAAUUUCUUCGCAAAUCAGAUAUCAAGCAGUCAAAUUCUCUAUAUUUUAAACCAUUCAAACCACUGUCUCAAUAUUCCUCAAUAUUGGAUGAAAUUGAGGAUCGGAUAUUGGCUAGAGAUUAUGAUGCUGCAAUGGACCUAUCUCAAAACCUCAGAAGUUUGGCAUUACAAGGACUUCACUAUUUCCAAACUUACGACUGGUUGAUGCUCAUGUCUGUAAUCACCCUCGGGUAUGUUGGUUGGAUGAUCUAUCUUGUUCUACAUGUGCUGCAGUCUUACACUUCACUGCCAGGAACUAUUGGAACGGAGCAAGGUGGUCAGAAAAAUAAUUGCGGAAAAAUAUAUCUAUUUGGAUCUAUAGUGAUAGCAAUCCUUUGUUUGCUGUUAUUACUUGAGCACUCUCCGCCUCUUUACCAUGCAUACAUGAUAAUGACGUCAUUUCUAUGGGUCCAAAUAUUUAGUGAAUACCAGUUUAUUAAAGCAUUAUGGAAGCUGUUAUCUGGAAGAAGGAAUUAUAUUAUCGUUAAGCUUCUUGCCACAACUGCUGUCUCAAUUUUUAUUCUCGAGUUCCUGGUUAAUAGCUUCACUGAGAGGAAGCUUUAUACCUGGUGUUUUUUAAUUACCGGUGUUACAGCUUCUAUCUAUCUCUUUAAGAUAGUUCCGUGGAGAUCUGGUAUACCGAUAUUUGUUUGCAUUGCAUGUUGGUUUCUCUCUAUCUUCACAUUGAUGCCAGCAGAAAUUCCUGACAAUAAUCAAUUAGUAGUUGUUAGUGGGGCCAUCAUAAUCAUUAUAGGAAUAGGUGCAAGGUGGCUUGAUCUACAUGCUGGUGGGAAUAAGUAUUGGCUAAGUAUAUGCAAUUAUGAGUUGAAAAGUCACAAAUUUUCUUCUCUAUUUUAUUUACAGGCUCUGUUGGUCGCGUUAUCUUCAGUCAUGGUGUAUUUAUCAACAACUCACAGAACUGAAAAACGGGAGUUGCUUGCAGUGCACCAGUUGAUAAAUUGGUCAGUUGCCGGUAUUUCCAUGAUACUCCCACUGUUCUCAGAAAAUAGCCUCUUGUCCCGACUUACUUCCAUAUUUCUUGGCUUUGCCCCUCCAUUCCUCCUCCUAUCCAUUGGAUAUGAAGCUAUAUUCUAUGCAGCUCUUGCACUAGUACUUAUGGCAUGGAUACUCUUUGAAAAUACACUUCUUAACUUCAAUAUUGUUAAUACAUCAUUGGACAACAAUAAAAAAGUUAAGAACAAUCUCAUCCUUGGACUUGAAAACAGAUCUAUGCAGCUGUCUGAUGUGAGAAUUCCUUUGGUUUUUAUGGUUUUAUUCAACAUUGCCUUCUUUGGAACGGGAAACUUUGCAAGUAUUGCAAGUUUUGAGAUUUCAUCAGUCUAUCGGUUUAUUACUAUAUUCAGUCCAUUUCUGAUGGCAGCGCUACUUAUCUUCAAGUUAUUUAUACCUUUCAUGCUUGUGAUAUGUGUAUUCAGUGCGAUAACCAAAUUGAAUGAAGUUCCAAGGUUGGGAUGCUAUUUUCUUGUCAUAUUAUUCUCAGACGUGAUGACCAUUCACUUUUUCUUCCUGGUUCGGAAUACGGGAAGUUGGAUGGAGAUUGGUAAUAGCAUCAGUCAUUUUGGUAUCAUGAGUGCCCAAGUUGUUUUUGUUCUUUUACUAUUUGCUCUCACAAAUACCUUCACCAAGGACAUCCAAUGUAACACAGCAGCAAAAUCCGCGCGUGCACAGAAGGCAAAUUAGUUUGCAUCUGAGAGACAUAUUUGGCACUAAAAAUGAGCUCUACCAUAACAUCAUGGCAAUCAGACUAUGCAUUUUUGUUGGUGGCUUCGACUGAAAUUAUAAUCACCCUGGUUUUGUGCCGAUCUCUGGUAGCUUUUGUUUUCCAUGUGAGGUCCUGAGUUGUACGGGUGAUCCCGGUGCUUACUGACCUUAAUGCAACUGGAGCUGGAAUUUGGUGUGUUAACUGAUCUGUCUCAAUUUUUAUUUUUGGUUCAAUGUUUGAGUCCCUCCUAACUAUAUGGUUCAAAGUUGCGAUUGAGGGACAGUUUUGGGAAACUCAUGCAAAAGUUAUCAAAGAAUUUCUGCUUUGCCAUGAAAUGGAAUCAAGAACUCGUCGAUUGUUUUUAUUAUUUGGAUUCUGAUUUACAUCCUGCACCUUGGUAUUUGAGUUCAUAGAGCUGAGCGCAAUUCAGGUCUGGAUUGUUAAUUACAACUGAAAGGGGAAGGAUAUUAUUUGUUUGGCCUGUGAACAUUUAUUUUGUAAGAGUGUAGCAAUGUGAAAUAUUCAAUCGUUUUUGUUCUACUCUA